AUGUCGCAAUCCAACAUGAUGAAGCUUUACCUUCUACUUUCUCUUGCGCCACUCAUUGUUCAUGGAUUUGCGCCGCCACAAUCGCAAUCCAUCAUCAGAACUAGGGCAUCAAUUCCAAGGAAGAAUCAAAUACAAGUACUGCGACGACCUCGACAAGGAAACUCUAUUCCAUCAUCUUCAAUACUUCAGGCUGCGGCUGACGAUCCAUCAUCCGUACCACCUCCACCAAAGGCUGCGCCUCCCAAUACUUCCAGUGGUGGCACUACCGCUGGUCCUACAAAUGUUGAUGUGCUUCAGCAAGCUGAACAGGCAAGGGAACAAAUCCAAGUGCAACUAAAAGAGGCGGAAAAUCGACGCAUCCAAUUGGAAAAGGAAAUUCAAAGCAAUGCCGCAACCGGAAAACAAAACUUGGAAUCCAAUCUGAGACAAAGCGAGAAGGAAAUUCAAGAGCUCCAACAACUUCAGAAAUUAGCAAAAGAUAAGUUCAACAUUGGAAACAUUCAAUUUCCUACUCUCGAGACGCUUGCCGAAUCCGUAAAACAAGUUCCCACACGAACAUGGCUGGGAACCGCAGUAGGAGCUUCCGUUGGAGGGCUGGCUCUGGGUCGAAUCAACCUACAAAAGAGGAGAAAACUAAAGGAGGAACAGGAAUAUGAACAGCGCUUGGCAGAGGCAGAAACUGCUCGAAAUCAAAAGAUUGCGCAAGCCAAUUCCAAUCGUGACCGCUUUCUAGCUGCCGGAAGCACUCUUGUAGUUGGGACUGCAGUGACGGCAUUGGCUCAAUUCUCUCAAAAGGACUCUGUUCCUGCAAACAACAACAAGAGGGUGGAACAAUCGACAGUGAACAACAACGACAAAAGACCAGAUGCAUCAUCCGCAUUGCCUUCCAAUGGUCCUUCUCCCGACUUGCCCUAUUUGGAACAACGAAUCCAAAAGGCAGAAGAUCAAGUGAAGAAUAGCCAACAAGCCUUACGGAAUGAUGCCAAUAGACGAAAGGAGCUUCAGCUACAAAUGGCGCAAGAGGAGAGCUUCAAAAGGGAUCUGACGCAACAAUUGGAACAAACCGAACAGUCCAUUCGUCAGGCCAAUUUGGCCAAGGAACGCUUUGAGAUGGAGAGCCAGCUCAAUGCCCGCAAGGCGGCAGCUGAUAUCAGUGCGAUUCAGAGUCCGCAGAGUAGUCCCAGCGAAAAGGUGGCCGCCCAAGAGCAAGCCAAGAAGGAAGUGCAAAUGGCAGAGGCUCAAAGACUCGCUGCGUUUGCCGAAACUCAACGGAUUGGCGAAAUGGAACGAAAGCUAGACGAAGAAGUCAAGGCGCGAAUGGAACUACUGCAAAAGUUACAAUCGACCGAAGCUUCGUUGAAGCAAGCCAAUGAUAGAGCACAGCUAGCUGCAUUGGAAGCGCAAAUGGCGAAAGAGACCAAGGAACAAGCGUUGGCAGAGUCAAAGGCCACAACAGAGAAGGCUUUGGCAGAGAAACAAAUGCUCGAGCAGCAAGCUGCAGCUGAAAAGCAAAAGGCCCAGCUAGCUGCUUUGGAAACCCAAAAGAUAAUCGAAAGCAAUGAAAGGGCAAUGGCAGAAGUCUUGGCCGCCGAACAAAUGGCGGCUGAAGCAAAGGCGGAGGUUGAAGAGAAGGCUAGGAUUGCGAUGCACCAAUUGCAGCAAGCGAAAUCAAAACAACCAGGUGCCAACACCUUCAUGUCUUCCAUUAAAGAUUCUUCUUUGAAUUCCAUACCUGAAUUUGUAGACACCAAGGGUCUAUCCAACAUGUUGCAACAGGGUGCUGACGCUUUCCAAGCAAAGCGAGAUGAGACGAGCCUUGUCACCAGAGCUGCUGUCGAUGAGCUAUUGGCAAUUACAAAGGCCAACACAAAUGUCAACUUCAAUGCCUUUCGAUCAAGCCCGAUUGGAAAGUCUCUUGCAACUUCAUUUGGAGACGAAAACGUGCCAACUGUUGUAGCAGCCAUCCUUGGCUCUGGAGUGGCAGCCACUGGUUUGAUCGCCUCUGGCAUUCAGAAUUCAAAGAAGAACGGACCGAAUGCUGCAGCGCAAACCGAAGAAUCGAAUGCUUUGCAACCAUACAACCCAACAUCUCCGCCAGCGACAUCUGGACAGAAUUCCUUUUUCACUUCAAAGGAACCAAGAACUGAUGUGACAGGGCGGACGUCUUUCUUGAACAAGAAAGAUGCGGCCCCAAACCAACCUUCUUUUUUUACUUCGAAGGAGCCAAGAACCGACAUGACCAAAUCAAAGCAAACCAAUUUCUUCACCAACAAGGAUUCAUACAAGAAAACGCCACCGGGGUUUCUCUCGGCUCUUGGCGGAAUGUCGUCAAAAGGGAAAGGACCGCAAAUGGCAUCAGCCGGCAAAGACAAUUUGAAAGACGGAAAAUCCUCGAAAAGUUUCACUGCUGCGUCGCCUAGAGGAACCCCGAAUUUUGGUUCAGCCACUGCUGGUGUUGUACCCAUCUCCACGACGACAAGCGCACCCAGCGCUCCCAAUUUCGGGGCACGAAACGGGCUUUCAGCCCCGAGCUUUGGAUCACCAAAGGGCGUUAGUUCCAUGCCACCAGGAGGAUUCAAAGGAUCCAGUAGCGGGUUCGCGAAUGGACAGAAAGCCUCUAGUUUUGCAUCCAACAGCCCAAGUUUUACAGCACCUAAGACUUCUACAAGUUUUGGAGGAUCGAAUGGUUCCACCGCUCCGAAUGGACCUGCUUCUCCGGAGCCUGGGCUUUCGAGCAAGCGAGGUAUGGCGAAAGGACCAAGCUCAAAUUUCGGAGCGCCCAAAGGAUCAACAGCGUCGGCUGCUUCACCAGCAACAAUGGAGUCAAAGGGCCAGGACAAUGUUGCUGGAUUUGGGGAUAGGAAUGGAGUUUCAGUGGGAACAUUGAAUAGUUCGCCAAAGGGCUUGCGAGCUGCAUCUUCGCCUUCGAGCGAUUCGGUCGGGGCGUCAAAGGGAUUCAGUCCGUAUGGAAGCAAGGGAGCAUCACAAGCUAAUGCCAGCUCGACAAAAGGAUCGACCCAAUCAUCCUUCAACCCUUCAAAUUCACCAUUUGGAAACAGCAACACCGCCUCAUCCGCUGGUGUUGGUUCUUCAAGCACCAAAGUCCUAUCAUCAUCAAAAGGUUUCAGCCCAAGUAGCUCUUCCUCUGGCACAACGCAAUCCAAUCAAUCAUUCAACCCUUCGAAUUCACCAUUUGGUAAAAGCAACGUCGCGUCAUCUGUUGGUGAUGGUUCGUCGCGCAUCACGGACCCGUCUUCCGCGAAGGGAUCCAGCACACCAGGUACCCCUUCCUUUGGUGCAGCACAGGCCAAUCAAUCACACAGCCCUUCAAAUUCGCCAUUCGGUAACCACAGCAAAGUUGCAUCUUCUGCUGGUGUUACUUCGAGCACCACGGCCCCACCGUUAGCGAAUGGUUUCAGCACAAGAAAAACUUCCUCUGGGACAGCUCAAUCUAACAACCCUUCGAAUUCUCCAUUUAGAAACAGCAACGGGGUAUCAAAACCAAGUGAAAGCUCGACCAUGGAAUCAAACAAAUCAUCAUUCAAUCCUUCAAAUUCUCCAUUUGGUAACAGCAACGUGGCAUCAUCUGGCGGUAUCGGUUCUUCGAGCACCACGGUCGCGCCCUUUGCGAAUGAUUUCAGCACAAACAACCCUUCCUCUGGGACAGCUCAAUCUAUUCAAUCAAACAACGCUUCGAAUUCGCCAUUUAGAAGCAGCAAAGGGGUCUCAAAACCGAGUGAAAGGUCGAACAUGGAAUCAAACAAAUCAUCAUUUAACCCUUCAAAUUCGCCAUUCGGUAACAGCAACGCCGCAUCAUCGUCUUCGAGCACAGCAACGCCGCUCUCCCCUAUGGGUGGUUACAGCCCAAGCAACCCUUCCUCUGGUGCAGCGGAGUCCAACUCAUUCAAUCAUUCAGCUCCGCCAUUUGGAAAUAGCAACGGUGCCACAGCCACAACAUCCAACGGUGGUUCGUCGAAGCGAGCAGAACGUGCCCCGAAAGGGUAUGGUGUAGCAUCAGCCUCCAAGGGGUACGAUCCAAACAAACCCUCAGCCGGAACACCACAGUCAAGUCAAUCGUCAUUGAACCCUUCAAAUUCGCCAUUUGGGAACAAUAUUGGUGCGCCAACAACCGGUGGUGCUAUCUCUGGCAAAGGUGGCCCCGGACUUUCAGCAGGAUACAAUCCAAGCAAUCCAUCCUUUGAUUCAGCACAAUCUACUAGAGUACCCCAAGGAUCUUCAAUUCCGCCUACAGGGGUGCCAAACCAGGGUAUGAAUCAAAGGGCAACUAAUGCGGUUGCUGGUAGAUGGGAGCCAAGUCCAUCUAGCGGCCCAAAUCUGGCUUCUAUCGCCCAGGCAUCUUCGCCAAAUCCCGACUCUAGAUUGAGUGAUACCUCUGGCGAUGAGCAGGAAUGGCGCGAGUCCAAGCCAAAUCAGGGCGAUUGGUGGAACGUUGAAAAACGCGACUACUUCACGACCUUGGGCCGUCGCGAGACGAAGUCUUUCCAAGGGAGAAAUCUUUACCCGAAUACUUCGAAUACAGGGGCAUCAUCAUACUCCCCAUUCGGAAACUCCAACCAGCAGAGUCGGACACAGUCGUCUAUACAACCUUACUCACCUCCCCCUAACCAAGGUACAAGCAUGGACACCAAUCAAGAGGAGCAAUUAUGGAGACAAACUGCGUCACCUGGUAGCCAAUGGUUUGAAACAGAGCGAAUAGACCACUACACGGAUCGAGGAGUCCGAGUCACGAGAUCCUUCACUCCAAACGGAGUGACUACUUCGCCGUUAUCCAGCUAUUCGCCAUUUGGUCAACAGAACUCUCAGACAACGGCACCGAUUGCGCCAGCCUCUGGCACUAGCAGCGGUAUUACUCCCCAAGACAGGAAUUCAAACAACAGCUACAAUUCAUAUCAGGAGAGGAGAAGAAACCCGACUUUGGACGCAAGUCAAUCGGAACAACAAUGGCGCGAGUCGUCAGCAACUCCAGGGGGACAAUGGUUUGAACAGGAAAAAUUAGAUUUUUACACGAGUCGGGGAACCAGAGCGACUCGGUCAUUCAACGGUGGUGGGACCAGGGAAGAUGUGAAUCCAAACAAUAACGCCAAUGGGAAUUCAUGGCAGUAG